AUGUCACGUCAAUACCCCAAUCCUCCAUCAAUGCCAAGAACAACGCCAUUGACCAAACUACUAGCUCUAUCUUUACUUCUAGCACUGGGAUUUUUAAAUAUAGUGCUUUCAUGUGCACUCUAUGAUACCUACUAUCCACUUUACGUCAUUUUCCUAUUUUUGAUAGCUCCAAUUCCAAACGCAAUAGCCGGAUGUGUUGCUAACUCUUCAAUGUACUAUAGCGGAUAUCCGGAUUUAGAUGGUGCAGACCCCGUUACUAACUUUGAGUCGUUCAUGAAGUUCCUCACAGGUAUGCUUGUUUCAAGCGGCACUUUUCUACCCAUUGUCUUGUGGAGAAAUUUGAUAAUUCCACGUGGAAGUUUCUUGCUCAGUUUAACCGGCGGUUUCUUGGUGUAUCUGAGCUUCGUUUUGUUUGGAAUGGGGUUCCAAUAUAAAGAGGACGACGAUUAUGAUUUCUAA